AUGAGUUCUAGGGUUGCUGAAUUAGAUGCCUCUUCUUUGGACAAUGAGCUGCUAUCUGUAAUAACAUCAUAUCUAGAUCUGUAUGUCCGUGACAUUCGAGAUACUCCGUCAUGGGUUGCUGUUUACAAGUAUAUAAAACGAUCAGUGCCUUUACUUUAUAAUGCACAUUUAGUCGUCAAAGGUAAGUUUACAAUUUUUGCGUUUUUAUUGUUUUUGACCAUCAAAAAUAUACUGUAAACGUUAUACUGUCAGACAUGUCAUCAUGUAGAUAAUAACUACCUUUCCAGGUACUUCACCAGGCCAACAACUUUUGGGAUGUAGUUUCUCAGACUUUACUAUCCCGAAAAGAGUGUUUUUGUACCUUAUUGAAUACUUGGCCCCAGUAGUACUAAAUGCUAUAAAGGAAGAUACGCACAGUAGAGCCUCAACCAAGUUGGUCGAAAAAGCACUCACUUUUGCAGGAUGUUUACAGUUAAUCAACUUUGUUGUGUUUUUAAGUUCUGGUGGAUCCUCAAGCCUUGUCAGAAGGGUUCUUGGGCUUAACACUUGUACUUCAGGAAAUCAAUUGCAAGGUAACGACAUUUUACCAGUACUUACAUUAAUUUCCUCGCGAUGACUUCAGGUCGACUAAACAAUGCAGCUGUUAACAGAGAGCUACUCGGACAUUGUAUUGCUAAUGUUAUUCUUGUGACCAGGCCAUUCAUGGAAAUGCUCAAAAGUACAAUACUACGGCAAACCCCCGCCCCAGAGGACAUUCUAUUCGAUACCUCUUCUGUUAUAUGUGCACAUUGCAAUCAAGUUGCAGUUGUCGCAUUAGAAGCUCAGAAAGACAACGGAACACCGUUGAUCUUCUGUAACUACUGUUACUACGUAGUCAAACAAAAACAAAAGUUUAUCUCGGUAACAACAUUUAGCUUAGCCAACAAUUAA